AGGCGUCCGUUGUGAUGUUCUCGGUCAUGAACAUCCUGGACAAGUUCAGGUUGUGCAACAUUUCCAGCAUGCCAUGUCAGUGAUGACGAUGGAAGGCAGGUUUGCUGCAACUCUAAUGCCAGAACCGACCGACUGACCGAGUAAUGUUUGUUCCAGAAACAAUACGAUCCGCGGAUGACUUUGCAGUCAAGAACUGAGAUCACUCGUCAAAACAGAGGUAGCAUGCUUGAGGUCCUGAUUAGAUUGACCAGAAAAGUAGAAAACGGAUUUCGAUUUCGUUCCAGACGAUGAGUUUUGCAUCUCUCCGCAGCCAGGUCCAAGAACUAGCCAAAAGACACAGACGAAAGACAAGUGUCCUAUGAGCCAGGGAACCCAAGCUGUCCUGAUUAUCCUGAACCCGAAAGACACAGACGAUCACUCCACACACCGAACCGAGACCAACCAACGCCGCCGCGCAGCGACCGCCAAUGUCGUCCUCUGCAGCGCCAGUGCAGCCGCCGCCACCGCGCCCGGUGCGCUUCGGCAUCCUGGGCUGCGCUGACAUCGCGCGCAAGAUCUCGCGUGCAAUGCGGAUGCUCCCUGCGGGCGCCGCUACCGUCGCCGCCGUAGGCAGUCGCUCCGAGGACAAGGCCCGCCGCUUCGUCACCGAAAUCGGCUUCCCCGCGGCGCGCGUCCACGGCUCCUACGAGUCUCUCCUAGGGGACCCGGACGUGGAGGCCGUGUACCUCCCGCUCCCCACCAGUCUCCACGUGCCCUGGGCCACAGCCGUCGCCGCGCGUGACAAGCACCUGCUCCUCGAGAAGCCCACCGCGCUCUGCGCCGCCGAGCUCGACGCCAUCCUCGCCGCCUGCGACGCCUCCGGGAUCCAGUUCAUGGACACCACCAUGUGGAUCCACAACCCGCGCACCGCCAAGAUGCGGGAGAUCGUCAGCGACAAGGAUGCCUUCGGUGACGUCAGAGUGAUAAACAGUAUGUGCAGCUUUCGGGCAUCCGAAGAAUUCCUCAAGAAUGACAUCAGGGUAAAGCCAGACCUUGAUGCCUUGGGUGUUCUCGGUGAUGUUGGAUGGUACUGCAUCCGUUCAAUCUUGUGGGCUGUUGACUAUGAGAUGCCCGAGACCGUGAUCGCUCACCGUCAUCCUGUCAAGAACCAAGCUGGCGUGCUUCUUGCUUGUGGUGCGACAUUGUACUGGGCAGAUGGCAAGACUGCAAAUUUCAACUGCUCAUUUCUUACUAACCUCGCUUUUGACGUCACCUUAUAUGGCACAAACGGUACUCUCCAUGUCACUGACUUGGUCAUUCCGUAUGAAGAAAAUUCUGCGGAGUUCAGUGUGGCCUCAAAGUCAAACUUUGUCAAACCCACCAUCGGAUGGGAUCCAUUGCCAAGGAAGCAUGUUGUUACUACAGAUCUGCCACAGGAGGCGCUCAUGGUCCAGGAAUUCACAAGGCUUGUGCAGAACAUCCGGGACUCCGGGGGCAGGCCUGAGCGUAAGUGGCCGGCUAUCACCCGGAAGACGCAGGUGGUUCUGGAUGCCGUGAAAGCUUCCAUUGACAAGGGAUCUGAACCAAUUGAGGUUGCCAGCUAAAUACGAUAACAGAUGGCAGCUCGUACUGCUAAGUUUGUACUUAAUGGCUUCUACUCGCAUUUGUUGUCCCGUAAAUGAAACUAUAAUUGUAAUAAUCUGAAGGAAUCUGGUCAAAUUGAGGAGAACAUUACCAUCUACCGAAUCAUUGAUUUGUGACGAA